AAAACAUAUGGUUAAAAAGAUACGAAAAAAGCUGAAACCUAGAUUUUCAAUUAUCCGAUGGAGCAUAUACAAAUUACUAAAAUUGAAGAUGUGAUGCUUUUUAAAAAUGCUCUGUAUGAUCAAGCGAAUUAUAACAAAGUUAAUCUAUAUAUCACUGCCACACAUCUAAUUAUAUCAGAAGUAAAUAAUAAAGAGGAAUUUUGGAUAUUGCACACUAUGAUAGACACUAUUGAACUAUUACCACUGGAUAUUAAAGGAUGCCCUAUUUUGUUGAAAUGCAAAGAUUUCCAGACUUUGAUUCUCAUUAUACAAAGAGACAGUGAUAGAUAUGCAUUUAAUCAAACUCUUUUAAAUUUAUCUAGACCAAUUUAUUUAGAAGAUUUACCAGUAUUUCAUAAUCAAAGCAAAAUAAUUCAUGCCUCUAAUCCUGAGAAUGAAUAUAUAUUUGAUUUAAAUUCUGAAUUUAAAAGAAUGGGUCUGCCAAAUAAUAAAUGGAUUUUGUGUUAUCUCAAUACUAAUUACCAAAUAUGUGAAACAUACCCAGAGAUAUUGUAUGUCCCAGCUAGCAGUCAGCCCCAAACAUUGGUGGCAGCUAGUAAAUUUAGAAGUAAAAAUCGCAUCCCCGUUCUCACGUACCUCGAUAAAAAUGGGGUAGCCCUGUGCCGGUCCAGCCAACCCCUAUCAGGUCUCAACGCCAGGUCCAUGGAAGACGAGACCCUUUUAAACGACAUCGUUUACACAAACCCUAAUUACGACCCAAAACUUUCCACAGAGAACAACGACAAAUUGAAUGCCGAGAAUCCUUUCGCAAAAUCUUCCAAUCUCACUCCAAUCAACAAUGGCGCUGAGAAUUUUCGCGACAUUUUGGUUCCUCAGCUUUGCAUAGUUGAUACUAGGCCUAAAAUAAACGCCAUUGCUAAUAGAGCUAAAGGUGCGGGUGGUUACGAAAACCCUAAUUUUUACGCUGGCGUUAAAUUUCUGUUCUGUGGCGUCGAAAAUAUUCACGUGAUGAGAAAUUCGCUGAACAAAUUGAUUACAGUGUGCCAAUCCAAAUGGGAAAACAUGCCGGCAUAUUUGAACGCUUUGCAGUCAUGCGGCUGGCUAAAACACAUACGGGCGAUUCUUAAUUCCGCUUUAUUAGUUGCGCAAAUGUUAAGAGAAGAGAAAGUUAAUGUAUUGGUGCAUUGUUCGGAUGGGUGGGACCGAACCUCUCAAACGUGCUCUUUGGCUCAGAUCAUGCUGGAUCCUUACUACAGAACUAUCAAGGGAUAUUUUGCAUUAAUCGAAAAAGAUUGGUUAGCGUUCGGCCACAAAUUCAACGACAGGUGCGGCCAUUUAAACGGGGACAAGAAAGAAGUAUCGCCAGUGUUUCUACAAUUUCUGGAUUGCACAUGGCAACUAUUGAUCCAAUUCCCUCGUAGCUUCGAAUUCAAUUCUCGAUUUUUGGAAUUUCUGGGGGUCCGAGUUUAUUCCUGCGAUUAUCUGACUUUUUUAGGGAACAGCGAAAAAUGGCGCCACCAGCUUAUCCCUCCCGCGGCCCAAUAUGGCGCCAAUCGAAAUGCCCUUUGGAACCAUAUUUUGAACGACGGUAGCGGCCAGUUUUUAAACCCUUUCUACGUUAAGAACAUUGGGACGACCUGCCACGAUAGUUUAUUUUUGAAGCCCAACAUUUGUGCUCAGAAUAUUAGGUUGUGGCUAAAUGUCUAUGCCAAAUUCGACGCCAAUAUGCACCCGAAAGUUGACUUGUUGGACAUCCUCACGGAAAGGCAAAUAAGAAUCCAGGAGCUCAGAGAAGAACUCAAAAUAUUGCAGAAAAACUACGAAAAUUUCCAGAAUUUAGCAAUAUCGCAAGCCGAAAAUUCAAAUUCUCAUGGCGCCAUUAUUCCUUCUAAAGCAACUCUCCCCGAGCCUAAUAUUACCGUGCAAAAUGACAUCUCAGAUUUUGUUACGAUCCCACAAACUCGCGACUAUUCUGUAGCAUCGUUUAUCACGGAACCCCUCUUGACCAAUAGUCAUAGUGACGCAAGUACCGUUCCCAACAAUAAAAUUAUUAUAGACCAAUCUUCUCAUUCUACCUAUGACCCUUUAUUCAAUAAUUCUUAAAUAUAUAUAUAUAUAUCAACAAUCGUAAAUCAUAAAAUCUUUCGAAAUGUGGGCCUUGCGUGUGUGGAAUAAUAAUCAAAUUAUACUUGACGAUGCUUAAUACUCAAUCAAAAAGACGACGAAAUAUUAAUCAAAAAACAAAGGGUCAAAUUUGUGACAUCUUAAAAUAUUCCAAUUUUCCUUACCUUUUGGAAAUGUUUGAACAUUAAUUUUUACCGCGAUUUAAACAAAAAAAAAUGAAUUAAAAUAAUUACAAGGAAUAUUAAUAACAAUACACGUGUUACUGAAAAUUCUAAUUGAGAAUAUUAGAGAUUUAGAUAAUAUUCAAUCUGUUAUGAUCACACUAAAUUUUUUAAAAGAAACCUUAAAAUUUAACGAUAACAGGAAGUUUUUUUCUUAGUUAGAAUUUAUUUGAACCAUCCUAUUUUAAAUUUUUGAACCCAACGGGUUGCGAAAACGUGUUAACUUCAGAAAUCAUAUAAUCUUUUGUCUUUUUAUAUAUUUAUUAAAAAAUAUAUUUAAUAUAUAUUUUUUAUUUUUAAAAUUAAAGUAUUUAUUUGUUUCAAAUAUUUAAGAAUGUGUUUGUUUUUAUAACUAGUGAUAAAUUUAUAUCCAUCUGGAGAAUUGUUAAAAAGAUACUUUUCAAAGAUUAUUACCUACAAAAGUGUCAAGAUACAGACAGAGGUUCUGACAAUAUAUCUACGUGCAGAUACAAUUUACGCCAGAUAUAUUUAAGUUUUUUUUAUUAUACAUAAUAUAUUAUUGUUA